AUGGCUAAAAGAAGAACCAAAAAGAGAACACAUGUUCCCAUAGAUCAGGAAGCAUUGAAAGGCAUUCCUAAAUCUAUGGUCAUCAGAGUAGGUCAAACCUCUCUAUCUAACCAUUCUUUGAAUCAAUUAGUUAAAGAUUUCCGUCAAAUUAUGCAACCGUAUACUGCAAUCAAAUUGAAGGAGAGAAAAUCGAAUAAGUUGAAGGAUUUUGUCGUCAUGUGUGGUCCAUUAGAUGUCUCUCAUCUUUUUAUUUUCACACAAUCUGAAAAGACUGGUAACGUCUCUCUAAAAGUAGCAAGAACACCAAAGGGUCCAACUAUCACUUUUAAUGUGCUGAAUUACUCUUUAAGUAAAGAUAUUAAGAAAUUCUUAAAGAGACCCAAAUCCUUGAACAAAGAAGAUGUUUUGAAUCCACCCCUAUUGGUCUUAAAUGGGUUCAAUACAAAGAAUAAUAAUGACAAGGAAAGUGAAGAUAAUAACGUGGAAAAAAUUAUAAUUUCAAUAAGAGUUCUGAUGUUACAUAAGGAUUCGGUGACAAAAGAAAUCUCUUUGCGUCACUAUUUUAUCGAUGUUAAAGACGUGGAGUUAUCAAGAAAUUUGAAAAAAUUGUAUAAUGCAAAGACACAUUUAAACAAGUCUUUACCAAAUCUUCAUAGAAAGAAAGACAUAUCGUCUUUAAUCCUUGAUCAUGACAUUAACGCAUAUACAUCAGAAUCUGAAAUGGAAGAUGAUGAAGAUGCAAUUGUUAAAAUAUCUGAGAACAAUCAAAAUAAUAAAAUUGGUGUUAUAAAACAAUCGAAAAAACCAAAAUUGGAUGUAGAGACAGGUUUAGAAAAUGAGGAUGAUGAAGGAGAGGGGAAAAGAGAAGUUAGUACUAAUACUAAUAAUAUACCAUAUAUGGCUCCAAGAAAGAAAGCUAUCCGUUUAACUGAAGUGGGUCCGAGAUUAAAUUUAAGAUUGGUUAAAAUUGAAGAAGGUAUUUGUUCAGGAAAAGUAUUGCAUCAUGAAUUUGUUCAUAAGACUGAUGAAGAAAUAAGAUUACUAGAAAGGAGACACCAAGCUAAACUAAGAUUAAAAGAACAAAGAAAAAAGGAACAAGAAGCAAAUAUUGCUAAGAAAAAAGCUGCAAAGGAAGCCAAAAAACAAAGAAAACUGGAAAGGAGAAAUGCAAGAAAGGAGCUUGAAGAUCAAGAUAAGUUAAAUGAAGAUCAAAAUACCUCUGAAGAGAGUGAUAGUGAAAUUGAUUCAGAAGAUCAUUUUAGUGAUGUACCAGAUGAUAUUGACAGUGACCUAUUUAGUGAAGUUGAAGACGCCAUGUAA